AUGACCACCACAGAAACCUCCGACAUCCUUCUUCCUGGCCAAUCGACCGUGUCAUCCAUUCACAUCCCCUCUGAGCAUACAUCCUGGUUAAAGAGAUUAAAAAAUGAGCAUUUUGCCAACUUGCGGCCGUUGAAGGACUUUGUGGAUAAAAACCGAAUUCAACCGACGUUGACCUUUUCCAUCAUCCGUCAACGCUGGAAUUAUAAUCUUCAUUACUUUUCCGUCAACUAUCUCAUCAUCCUUUGUUGCCUGGCGGCUUAUGCUGUCAUGACCAAUGCGUGGCUGCUUUUUACCAUGACUUUCAUUGUGGGAGGUUACUAUGGCAUCAGUCGAAUCAAUGGCCCCUUUUCCAUUGGCAGCACUACCAUAACACCAUCCACACUCUACACCAGUUACAUAGGUAUCACUCUGACUUUACUGUUAUUUUCAGGUGCUACAAAUACUUUAUUCUGGAUUCUUGGUGCUUCGGCAGUGACCAUUCUUGGGCAUGCCGCAUUGCUGGAACCCGGAAUUGAAGGCGAUUUUGGUGAUGUUCAAGUGUGA